AUGCAUUUCAUCGCAGUCUUCAUCGCUACACUGGCCGCCGUGGCCUCUGCCUCUCACUCUGCCGCCUAUGCCAAGGACUCUGCCUCCUCUGCCUCGGACUCUACGUCGGAGAAGCGCUCCUGCGUCGCCAACUACUCCGUCUCCUGCCAGUCUGGCGGAGACCCCUGCUGUGACGGCUGGCAAUGUGUUGGCGCCACUGAGUGGAACGACGGUGUUUGCAUUCCCAACUACUAG